GUAUGUUAUAUAUUUAAUUAUUUUAUUGCAAAUUCCAAUGUAUCAUUUUACCAAAUUAUACAUACAUAUUUCAGACGAUUCAAAAUGUAUUGGAUAAUCAGUUAAAUUCUUCCCUCCGACUAGUCCCUUUUUCGUAGAGCUUUCUUUCAGCCAAAAAUUUAUUCUCCUUUCUGGGUUUAGCUGUCAAAAUUGAAUAAAAUCCUAUGAAAUGUUACCCAUCGAUCUCAACAAUGAGACCGCCUAUUCCAUUGUGGUCUUCGGGGCCUCCGGGAAACUGGCCAAGCAGAACAUUUUUCCGGUGCUCUGGAGUCUUUACCGGGACAACCGGCUGCCGCAGGGUACCCGAAUAUAUACGUUUUGCAGGACGCCUCUGCAGACGAAGUCGUACCGGCUGCAGGUGAUUCCGUAUAUGAACCUGGACAAGAACCGCGACCCCGCGAAGUACAACAGCUUCUGGAUGAACGUGCACUGCGUUCAGGGGGAGUAUGACAAACCCGAGUGCUACGAGUGCCUGGUCUCGCUGAUGGCCACCCACGAGGUGAAGCACAAUCAGACCGUGGCGAACCGGAUCUUCUACUUGGCCGUGCCGCUCGCCGUCUUCGACCAGGUGACCCUCAACACCAGCCGGAAGUGCAGCUCUACCACGGGCUGGAACCGGAUCGUUGUGGAGAAGCCCUUCGCCCGGGACGACGUGACUUUUCGGUCGUUCCAGUCGUCGCUGUGCAACUGUUACAAGGAGUCGCAGAUAUUUCUGAUGGACCAACUGAUGAGCAAGCAGGUAUUGCAGAACUUCCUCGCCCUGCGCUACUCCAACCACUUGUGGGGCGAGACCCUCAACAACCGCCACGUGGCGGCCGUGAUGAUAACGGUGAAGAGUGCGGACCCGGUGCCGGCCAGCCGAGCGGAGUACUUCAACCAGUUCGGCAUAAUUCGCGACGUAAUGACCAACCACAUGGUGCAGAUGAUGGCCAUGCUGACGAUGGACCAGCCGUACUCCAACAACCCGGAGGAGCUGCGCAUCGAGCGCCUGAAGGUUCUGCGCGACAUCCUGACACCCAAUAUGGGCGAUGUGAUCAUAGCCCAGUACAAGAAUAACGGAGUUGAGACGGACCCGGACAAGUGCGGCUACACGGAGCACUCAUACGUCCCCAAGGACUCCUUCACACCCACCUUUGCCAUGGUUGUGCUGCAGAUGAAGACGCGGCGCUGGGCGGGAGUGCCGUUCAUCCUGCGAGCCGGCCGGGCCCUUAACGACACAAAGGUUGAGGUGAGGGUUCAGUACAAGGCCGCCGACUGUGACUCCUUCCACAGUGAUAGCUCAGAUGUGCGCAACGAGCUGGUACUGCGCCUGCACCCCUUCGAGGAGGUCUUCAUGCGGAUGCGACUCAAGCGGCCCGGCGAAGAUCUUUGCUUGCGGGAGACGGAGCUGAACCUGCGGGUCGACGAUCGAGGACCCCGUGUUCCGACCAGCCUUGCCAGCCUGCUGCUUGACGUCUUCUCCGGCAACCAGUCGCUCUUCAUGCGCACCGACGAGCAGUGCGAGAUCUGGCGCAUCUUCUCUCCCAUCCUGUCCGUAAUCGACAAUGACCGCCCCAGGCCGCUCUUUUACGAGUUCGGGACCCGUGGCCCUAUUGCUGCCUACCACAAGGCGGAGCGCGCCGGGUUCCUCUUCUUCGCCUCCGACGAGUGGCACCAGAGUGUGGAUACCCUGGCGUACACGGUGCAGAAGAGCAAGCUACUCAUUGGGCCGCACACCGGCUUCAAGCCGCUCCGAGCGAUCAAGUCCAGGAAGUCAUCGAAACGGGAGACUCGCUCCUAGUCCCCUGGCGGAGAGGACUAAUAAAGUCAACAACGAAAGUUUUUUAAUUAAACCAGUGGCACUGCCGGCUGGCCCAGUUGGCCUCCUUGGUGCCCCUUGGUUCGACAAAGUCAAGCUCAUCAACACAUAUUCGUUGUUGUGAACUGCAGUUUGUUGGCGGUGUGGUUGUUCUCCCGGUCGGGUAUAAAUAAUAUGCAUGAUUUGGCCAUUGUCCCUUGGCCGCACUGGAGGCCCCAAAGAGUCCAUCGAUGGAAGCUUUUGGAUACUCUGAUACUGAGGGAUUAUGGAUAACUCCACUAAAUUUGUGUAUACAUUUUGGUACAAAGGGUCACUCUCUGUUGAAAAUAGUAAAUACAAUUAAAGCGGAGAACUGGCUUCUUUAAAGAUGGAAGGAAUUUGUUACCAAAAAGUUGUAGCAUCCUCUUAGAAUUCUAUCAAUUAAAUGAUUUUUGUAUAGUUA